ACGGAGAAUCAUCACAUAUAAACUUCCUAUAUAUUAAUAUGUAUGCCCCAUCAAUCCUUAAAGUUAGGAAUUUGACACUAGCUUUAAGGAAGAGUCGUGGAUCCAGUGGAUGUAUAUUGUUUAAUGUAUACUCGGGCUGUUGUAUAUCAACUGUGGGAAAUCAUUGAAAACGUGAAAAUUAUGGGUUGAAUCUCAUGUGAUUCUUAUCCCAAAAAACUUUAAAUAAAAUGCCGUUCUUUAGUAGGGCUUUUAGAAAGAAUAAAGUGAAAAAGGAGAAAGCUAGAGAGAAGAAGGGCAAAAAUGCUGAACCUCUUGGCUUCGGUCGAACGGAUGCGAACGUAAACACGAGAAAUCAUUCACAACGUGAAGAAUUGGAUUUUUUUAAACAAAGACCGAUCCCAUCACGUGAUGUUUCAGAAGCAUACCUAGAAUUACCAACUUUAAAUAAUGGUUAUGGCAGGCCAUUAUCUUGUUAUAGUGGUAGUUCUGUCGAGCAGAAAACUAGUGAAUCAUCAUAUGUUAAUCGUAAAAAUGAAACUUGUUCAGAUGGGUGUAGUGUUGAUUCCAGUGAAUCCAGGUUCAGCCUUGGGUCAAGCUAUAUUGGUGGAAAUGAUAAAAGGGAAAAAACAAAAGUACUCCAAACAGGAAGACACAUAGUGCAUCACAAUGACAUUCAGACCAAUAUGGAUGAUAUUUUACAAUCUUACAAAUCACCUCCAUCCUAUGCAAACAGGAUAGGAAUACAACGAGGACAUUCAGAAAAUGCAGCUGAUAGAUACCGACAUCCACCCCCUUACAGGGAAUUAAGGAAAAGCAUGGGAUUUUAUGGGAUGAAUCCACUUCAAAGAUAUGGUCAAUCUCAGCAUGUACUUAAUCAACCCUUGCAAAGACACCAAGCAAUGAGUAUUCCUGAUCUUAGAGUAAUAGAACAGUCGAGUUCGAGACCAUUCACACAAAAUAUCUUUCAUCGAAACAAGCACUUUAGAUUUGGUAGAAAAGUGGACCAACAAUCAAUGAUGAAUAAAGUUGAUGAGCACAAUUCACCUGAACAGCUAGGAUUGUUUCAAUACCAGAAUCCGUGCAAAGUUAAUGAUACUCAUUUGUCUUAUUCUAAUCCAUAUGAAGCAUAUAAUGGAUUAAGUUUUCUAGCAUACACAGAGCAGCAUUUAGGCCAUUCAAGGAUGUAUAAUAGUAGUGCUAAUCAAAGUCAUCUAAACCAAGGUAUGAUGGCUAUGCCUCAUCCCAACCGACAUAGUCAUUAUUCACAGGGUCAAGUUCAAAUGUAUGCUUCUAAUGAAGCCCUUAACUGGAAUCAACAUCUAGUUUCUCCAUUGGGAUCAGGUCUUGAACAAAACAGACCAGGACAACUCUCAUCACUAGAUCAUUCUCUCCCCCCUGGAUGGACCAUAGAAUGGACAGUAGAUGGCGAAAAAUUCUAUGUUGAUCACAACAAUCAAACAACGACAUGGUGCCAUCCAUUUGAGAAAGCUGGGUUACCAGAAGACUGGGAGAAAGUGCACUCACCAGAGCAUGGAACAUACUAUGUAAACCAUCGGACCAAGACUGCACAAUAUGAUCAUCCAGCAAAGCAUUUGUUGGUAGAAGAAAAUCUCCCAUAUCCCUCAAAGAAUUCUCUUGUUCCUGCAAAUCCAUACAUGUAUGCUGAAAUACCAGGGUGGCUUCAGUUUUACUCUACUGCAUCCUCUGAAUAUGAUGAAUAUUUAAAGUGGGAUUUGUUUCGAUAUCCAGAUCUUGACUGCUAUCAAACUAUGUUAAAGCGAUUAUACAAGAAAGAUUUAGAGCAAGUUGUGUACAAGUAUGAGGAAUAUCGACAAGCUUUGCAGCGUGAGAUUGAAAGACGGAAACAAAUAGAAAAAAUAGAACUAGAAAGAGUACCAAGGAUGUUCAACACUCGUGUUUUGGCUGAAUUGGGAGGAGAGACUAGUGUGUAGAAAACUAUUUAAAGGAUUGUUAACAAUGUAUGUAAAUUUACUUUCGUAAAAAUUAAUCUAUUGUUAUUUAAAUGCA